GACUCCGCGCUGCUUGGCUGCUGCUGCGCGUGCGCGGGCGCGGGCGGAGCGGCGCCGGAGCCGUGUUCUUUGCCACCUCCGGCGCCGGGGCCACCUACCCUGGAUUUGAGUCUCGCGCCUUCUUCGUUCGCUCGCCGGCGGGUUCGCGCCCCUCUCGAGACCCCGGGCAGCGAGGCUGGGGAAGGGUUGGAGGGGGCUGUUGAUCGCCGCCUUUAAGUUGUGCUCGGGGCGGCCAUGUCGGCCGGCGAGGUCGAGCGCCUAGUGUCGGAGCUGAGCGGCGGGACCGGAGGGGAUGAGGAGGAAGAGUGGCUCUAUGGCGGCCCAUGGGACGUGCAUGUGCACAGUGAUUUGGCAAAGGACCUAGAUGAAAAUGAAGUUGAAAGGCCAGAAGAAGAAAAUGCCAGUGCUAACCCUCCAUCGGGAAUUGAAGAUGAAACUCCUGAAAAUGGCGUACCUAAACCGAAAGUGACAGAGACUGAAGACGAUAGUGAUAGCGACAGUGAUGAUGAUGAGGAUGAUGUUCAUGUCACUAUAGGAGACAUUAAAACGGGAGCACCACAGUAUGGGAGUUAUGGUACAGCACCUGUAAAUCUUAACAUCAAGACAGGAGGAAGAGUUUAUGGAACUACAGUAGGAACGAAAGUCAAAGGAGUAGAUCUUGAUGCACCUGGAAGCAUUAAUGGAGUGCCCCUUUUGGAGGUAGAUUUGGAUUCUUUUGAAGAUAAACCAUGGCGUAAACCUGGUGCUGAUCUUUCUGAUUAUUUUAAUUAUGGGUUUAAUGAAGAUACCUGGAAAGCUUACUGUGAAAAACAAAAGAGGAUACGAAUGGGACUGGAAGUUAUACCAGUUACCUCUACUACAAAUAAAAUUACGGCCGAAGACUGUACUAUGGAAGUUACACCAGGUGCAGAGAUCCAAGAUGGCAGAUUCAAUCUUUUUAAGGUACAGCAGGGAAGAACUGGAAAUUCAGAGAAGGAAACAGCGCUUCCAUCUACAAAAGCUGAGUUUACUUCUCCUCCUUCUUUGUUCAAGACUGGACUCCCACCAAGCAGAAACAGCACCUCUUCUCAGUCUCAGACAAGUACUGCCUCCAAAAAAGCCAAUUCAAGCGUUGGGAAGUGGCAGGAUCAAUAUGGGAGGGCCGAAUCACCUGAUCUAAGGCUUUCUCCAGUUGGCGGUGAGCGGGGGGCCACUCCUCGCUGCGGUGCAUGGGCCUCUCAUUGUCGUGGCCUCUCGUUGCAAAGCAUGGGCUCCAGGCGUGCAGGCCUCAGCAGUUGUGGCACGUGGGCUCAGCAGUUGUGGCUUGUGGGCGCCAGACCUCAGGCUCAGCAGUUGUGGCACACGGGCCCAGUUGCUCCGUGGCAUGUGGGAUCCUCCUGGGCCAGGGCUCGAACCCGUGUCCCCUGCAUUGGCAGGAGAUUACCUGGGGCAAUUGAUGUUAUUGGUCAGACUAUAACUAUCAGCCGAGUAGAAGGAAGGCGACGGGCAAAUGAAAACAGCAACAUACAGGUCCUUUCUGAAAGAUCUGCUACUGAAGUAGACAACAAUUUUAGCAAACCACCGCCAUUUUUCCCUCCAGGAGCUCCUCCCACUCACCUUCCACCUCCUCCAUUUCUUCCACCUCCUCCCACUGUCAGCACUGCUCCACCUCUGAUUCCACCACCAGGUAUUCCAAUAACUGUACCACCUCCAGGUUUUCCUCCUCCACCAGGCGCUCCACCUCCGUCUCUUAUACCAACAAUAGAAAGUGGACAUUCCUCUGGUUAUGAUAGUCGUUCUGCACGUGCUUUUCCAUAUGGCAAUGUUGCCUUUCCCCACCUUCCUGGUUCUGCUCCUUCAUGGCCUAGUCUUGUGGACACCAGCAAGCAAUGGGACUAUUACUCAAGAAGAGAGAAAGACCGAGAUAGAGACAGAGACAGAGACCGAGAACGAGACCGUGAUCGAGACAGAGAAAGAGAACGCACCAGAGAGAGAGAGAGGGAGCGUGAUCAUAGUCCCACGCCGAGUGUUUUCAACAGUGAUGAAGAACGAUACAGAUACAGGGAGUAUGCAGAAAGAGGCUAUGAGCGCCACAGAGCAAGUCGGGAGAAAGAAGAACGACACAGAGAAAGACGACACAGAGAGAAAGAGGAAACCAGACACAAGUCCUCUCGAAGUAAUAGUAGACGUCGCCAUGAAAGUGAAGAAGGAGACAGUCAUAGGAGACACAAGCACAAAAAAUCUAAAAGAAGCAAAGAAGGAAAAGAAGCUGGCAGCGAGCCUGCCCCUGAACAGGAGAGCACCGAAGCUACACCUGCAGAAUAGGCAUGGUUAUGGCCUUUUGUGUACAGUAGUGCCAGAAAUAGAUACUAUAAAUCUUAUUUUUCUGGAUAAUGUUUAAGAAAUUUGCCUUUAAUCUUGUUCUUUUAGUAUGAAAAGUUAACUUUUUUCUUCUAAAAUAAAAGAGUGAAUUUUUCAUGUUAAGUUAAAAAUCUUUGUCUUGUAAUAUUUAAAAAAUGGACCGUAAUGACUUUGUAUCGAAGAAAGUAAUGUGAAUGAGUCACUCAGCAGGGAAUUUAAAGAGCUAUGUUUAGCUGUGUACAUAAUAGCUGAUUGAUAAAGGUCAAGGUUGCCUCUUGGCCAGUUUCCUUGAGGAGUUAAUCAAAUACCAGUCUCUUAAGAAGUUGCACUGCAAAAUGCAUCAAAAGGCACCUCAGAGUCUUGAGAUUAAAACUAGUCUUUUAUCACUGCUGUGGCACUGUUGCUUUGCAUAUUAAAGAACUCAUACAGUUUUGAUACUGCAACUUUUUGUGUGUGUGUGUGUGGUAUGCGGGCCUCUCACUGUUGUGGCCUCUCCCCUUGCGGAGCACAGGCUGCGGACGCGCAGGCUCAGCGGCCAUGGCUCACGGGCCCAGCCGCUCCGCGGCAUGUGGGAUCUUCCCAGACCAGGGCACGAACCCGCGUCCCCUGCAUCAGCAGGCAGACUCUCAACCACUGCGCCACCAGGGAAGCCUGAUACUACAACUUUUUGAUAGCAGGUUUUCAGUGUUCUAAAUUUGGGUUCAUGGUGAAACUGAAGGGGAACUUUUCUAUCCAAAGUAAUAAAAUCUAAUGGCACUUGGGUGACCUCUGAAAUAACUUGCCCUAAAUGUAGUUUCUGGCAGGCACAUGGACAAAAUACUCGUCACUGGGACACAAAUUUGAAUGGCCUCAAAGCCAUCUUUUAUGAGCUAGGUCAAGCUGGUUUGGCCUUUCUUGAUGGUUCUUCCAAGGCUCAUUGGUUGAGCAGCACGUAGAGUUUGUAUACAGUUACUAGCUAUACUGUGAAUAAAAAUAAAUAAGCUUUAGAUUAGUCAUUUCCCAUUACAUUUAAGAAAGUACAAGUUUAUAGAAUUCUGUGAACAUUUUUAGGGAUAGCCCUUAGAAGGUAUUUGUCAGUGAUGGUAGCAACAUGGUUUUGAAAGAAUGAAUUACUAGGAACUUUUAAAUAGUGAUAAUAGAAAUGAACUUAGUAUCACAUACUAAAAGACAGCUAUAUAAUUUUUGAAAAAUAUUUAUUUCUCGUUUGAUGAACACUUUUCAGCAAUGCACUUUUAAAAUCCUCUGUCUGGAAAUUGUUUUUAAAAUGCCCAUAAUGUACCCUUUGCAGACCUCAGCAUAUACCAGAUUUUAAUUUAACUGUAUGAUUUGAAUUCAGUGGGGGCAUACAAACCAUGUCAGCUGUUUAAGAGCUUUUUAUUGAAUAGAAAAAUAUAAACUUAAAGUUCUAGAGUAAUGAGAAAUGCUCCACACUGAAUAAAAACUAUUAGUAAUGUUUCUAUUUUGAGAAUUAUAUUUUCUGAGGUGUAAUUGGCUUUUCAUUAGAUCCUACUUUUCCUGACAUUAAAGUUUAUAUUUUUACAUUGUAGCCUUCAAAUACAAAAAUCGAUAAGAUAAAUACAUUGUUUCAACUUAGCUUAUUUGUGAUUUCCUGUUUUUCUAUGACCCAUCAUUGAUUCUAUAAAAAAGUGCCGGGCCAAGAAGCAAUGGUGAGAGUAAUUUUUCCUUUAAGUUCUUUUAGCAUCCUUGCCAAGCAAGCAUGUAUCAUUCCUGAUGUACUUCUGCCAUUGACAGCAAGAAGAAUAUCACCACAUCUAAAAAAAAUAAAGGUACAUGAUUAACAUUUUGAGCCACAGCUGAAGUUAAUGCAAGUUUUUUUUGGUGGUCCCAGUUUUUGCUCCAUCUGUCAGUUUUAAUUAUGUUAUCAGUACUUCUAAUUAAGGUUCUCCCCCUCACUUAAAUUCUUCAAAUUCUAUUGUUCAGCUUGUUUUAGAAAGAAUGCUAAAAGUAUAGGAAGUUGCUGUAUGGGACCAAGAGUAACAAAUCAUUUUGGAUUUCUUAGAAAUGGAAUGCUGCAUAAAUGUUUUAAAUUUCUUACCAAUAAGAAAAGAUAUAAUAGGUGCCUUAUUUCACAUGGGGCCAGGCUUUUUGCAUGUAUAAAACACAAUCUUUGGAUAUAAGUUUUUUGUUAAGUAGUCAUUAUUAUUACCUGAUUCUUCCAUCGUUGUAUGCUGGUGUUCCUUCAACAAUGGAUUUGAUAAAGAAAGGUUUGUUCCCAUUGUAUUCUUCAUAACCUCCUACAAUGCAGAAGCCCAGACUUCCAGCUGUGUUUCUUCGCAGUAUAACAUCUUUACAGUUGUACAGGUACCUGAAAUAGAACGAAAUCAAUGUAAAUGCGCAGUUAAUUCGAACUCAUAGUAAUUACUGUGAUUCAUCUCCCAUUCCCUUUAUUGGCAUUAUUUUUUUUAGGCUUAAUAGCACUGGAUGGGUCUCAUUCAAAAUUGUGUCAUAGCCCAGUUACCUUUGUGCUUUUAGCUGGCUCUUUUUUUUUUUUUUUUCCGGUAUGCAGGCCUCUCACUUUUGUGGCCUCUCCCGUUGUGGAGCACAGGCUCCGGACGUGCAGGCUCAGCGGCCAUGGCUUACGGGCCCAGCCGCUCCGUGGCAUGUGGGAUCUUCCCGGACCGGGGCAUGAACCCGUGUCCCCUGCAUCGGCAGGCGGACUCUCAACCACUGCGCCACCAGGGAAGCCCUAGCUGGCUUUUUCUAAUUUUUCUAAAAAUUUCUAAUUUCUAAUUUUUCUCUUUUCUAAAGCUAACCACCCUUUUAAAAGUGACACCAUCUAUUAUGUUCUGUUUAUGUCUACUGGGAAAGAAUCAUUUCUGGCUUAAAGAUUUAAUUUCUCAACUUAAAGUUAUGCCUAAAUCUUUACUGAUGAACCACAUUCAAGCAUACUUAGUUAUCAUAUUUUUAUUUCCUUAUGGAUGUAAAUAAUUUUUAAUGAAGGAAAAAUUCUUUGAAUCAUUAAUAUCUCAGUGGAAAAAAUUUAAAUGUAACCGUAAUUCAUUGGCUGAAGUUCUGACUUUUGAAAGAUACCAGUUUAUACAUAGUUGUACAUGUUUGAUAGGUUAUAUAGAAGCAUGCAGGCAGCGUAAUAUACUGAAUGGAGACUGAGGUGCAUUUAAAGAUUGUAAGAAUGAUUCAUACUGAAGGAGAAAAACCUGGCAGUAAACUGAAUAGCAAGUUAUAACAGGAAUGGGAGAAAGACCAUAGGUCUUUUGUAAAUGGGUAGAACCCUCAGCUAAAAUAGAAAAUUUGAUUGAGGAAGCUGUUCCUUUUAUUAUUCAGUGGCAGUUGGAUCAGUGUUAACAUAGGUGCAGGCUAAGUACAAAACUGUGUUACAGUUAUGACAGAGGUAUGUCAGGAGCUGGAUUUGACUCCAAAAUCCCCCAAGUCCAGGAACUGGUUUGAAAGAGAAUUAGCAUUUUCAGUGUUGGUAAAAGUCAAGAUUUGGUGAUUUUGUUUAUAAACUGUACCUUGAAAUACUAAUUUUUUUGAAAAACCAAUAAAAAGUCUCUUGAGAAA